CUCAUCGGUUGCCUCUUCCAUCGACAGUCGACAGGCGUGUUGCAGCCUUUCCUCCUCGUCCUGAAUACAGUUCUUUGUUCACAUCAAGAACGUUUAGAUACGCCAUCUUCUUCCUAACGAUGCGACCUUCGUUGUGGCGCCUUGCACGAAUUGUUCUACUUCUCAUUCUAGUCUAUUGCAUCUUUAGCGCGGCCACGUUCACCCGAAACCAAGCACGCUUCCAAAGAUUUCUCGCUUCACAGUACAUCACUUGGGACGACUUCUCUCCUGAAUACGCAAUUGCUCUGCACGCCAAAGACGAGAAAAUGUUGCAACGCGACACGUUCAACUACACUCUCCCCUUUCCGCAAUCCGAUGGCAUCUUCGCUGCGAACGACAGCAUCCCACGAAUGAUCCAUUUCAUCUGGUUCAAAGACCUCUACAAAUCCCGCCCUGGAGUCACAGAGAUCCCUUCCGUCGGCUCGAACGCGCCAGCCCUCUGCGAGUCCUUCAACCCGGGGUACACAGUCAAAAUCUGGGACGCGACUGCAGCACGAGAACUGCUUGAAGAACAUUACGCGUGGUUCUUGCCGACCUACGACGGCUACAAGUACCCCAUUCAGCGGAUCGACGCGCUGAAGUGCUUUGUGCUCUGGCAUUAUGGAGGAGUCUACAUGGAUAUGGACAUUGCGUGUCGUCGACCGCUGGAUCCGCUGCUGCCAUUCCCUGCUUGGUUCCCCGAAGCAUCGCCUUUUGGCGUCAACAACGAUUUGAUGGCGGCUAGGGCGAAACACCCGCUCGUCUUGUCGAUGCUAGAAAGUCUGGCGCGUCGCGACAAGAAUCUACUCUUCCCCUAUUUGACGAUCUUCUGGAGCACGGGUCCCCAGUUCGCGAGCGAUCUGGUGAAAGAAUGGUAUUUAGAACAUGACACAGUUCCCACUACCAAUCACUCGAGUAAGGGGGAAGCAGGCCCCGAUGAAUGGUUCGUGUUGCCGCAGGAGUUCUACUCGGAGGAAUUCACCUUUUUCGCACAUUCCCCCGGCGGUACCUGGCACGGGGAUGAUGUGGCUGUCGUCUUGUGGUUUGUCGCGCAUCCACUGGUGUUCUGGAGUAUCGUCGGAUUGGUGUUCGGAGUGCCUCUAGGUCUUGUACUACGUUGGAAGUUGAAUAGUAGGGCCCAGGUGCGACCGAGAUGGGCGACGGACGUGUAGUAAUGACGAUGAGGACGUGAAUGAGUUUCCUCGCCGGAGCGUUCGUCGUUAUGUCUCUGUCUGCAGCUGACGUUGGAAGCAAGAUCGGCAUGAAUGAGUAGAUCAGCAAUCUCAUCACCAGGGGCACAACUGCUGGGGUUGACCGCUGCUACUAGUGAACCUCUCUGAUAGCUGGGUCAUCAACUUCCAAGUCCACGGAAUUGAGUCAAAAGAGUGAAGCGUCAUAUAACGGAUUGGCUCCUUUCACCAGUCUUGUCACCUGCAAUUAUUUCUUGACGCAAGAUCAAUAUCUUUAGAUGACAGAGGGUGCCGAUAAAAAAG